AUGGCAUAUCCUCUUCAACUAGGCUUGCAAGACGCUACCUCCCCCGUUAUAGAAGAACUCCUACAAUUCCAUGAUCACACAUUAAUAAUCGUAUUCCUAAUUAGCUCAUUAGUUCUCUAUAUUAUCAUUAUAAUACUUACAACUAAACUAAUACACACCAAUACAAUAGACGCCCAAGAGAUAGAAACCAUUUGAACCGUCCUCCCAGCCAUAAUCCUAAUUUUAAUCGCCCUGCCCUCUCUACGAAUUCUCUACAUAAUAGAUGAAAUCAAUAAUCCCUCUCUUACUGUAAAAACAAUAGGACACCAAUGAUACUGAAGCUACGAAUACACUGACUAUGAAAACCUAACCUUCGACUCCUACAUAAUCCCAACUUCCGAUCUAAAACCAGGAGAACUACGACUAUUAGAAGUAGACAACCGAAUAGUCCUCCCAAUACAAACGACAAUCCGAAUAUUAAUCUCCUCAGAAGAUGUAUUACACUCAUGAGCUAUUCCUUCUCUAGGCCUAAAAACAGACGCAGUACCUGGACGCCUAAACCAAACAACUCUUAUAUCAACACGACCCGGCUUAUUCUACGGACAAUGUUCAGAAAUCUGCGGCUCAAACCACAGCUUCAUGCCUAUCGUUCUCGAAUCAGUACCCUUAGAGAACUUCGAAAAAUGAUCUGCAUCAAUAUUAUAA